CCACCACCACCACCGCUACAUCACCACCACCACCAGCCGCCUCUCCUGCGCCCUCCAUCUCUGAUGGCUCUAUGGGGAGUCAUCAGCCUCAGCCUUCACUGCUGGGUUUGUUUACGGUCUGCAGUGACAGCAGCAGCGGUGGCCACAACAUCCAGCCUCCCCAAUGACAAACCUGGGGGCCCCUUGGACUGGCUGCUCUCAGAUAAGGGGCCCUUCCACCACUCCCCAGAGUACAUUGACUUUGUGGACAAGAACCGACAAGGAUUCUCCACCAGAUACAAGAUCUACAGGGAGUUUGGCAGAUGGAAGGUUAAUAAUCUGGCUGUGGAAAGGAGAGAUUUUCUGGAGUCUCCCUUACCUUUGACCUCUGAGUUCAUCCGGAAUAUUCGACUUCUGGGCCGCAGACCCACCACCCAGAUGAUCACUGACAACCUGAUCAGGAAGUAUGGGACUCACUUUCUGCUGUCUGCUACCCUGGGAGGAGAGGAGGCCUUAACGAUAUUUGUGGACAAGAGGAAAUUGAGUAAGAAGGCGGAGGUGAGCGACUACUCCAGUAACUCCUCCACUGUGACUCUGGAAGCUCUGCACCAACUGGCAGCCUCCUACUUCAUCGACAGGGAGAGCACCCUUCGCAAACUGCACCACAUCCAGAUCGCCUCCACCGCCAUCAAGGUGACGGAGACUCGUACAGGUCCUCUUGGCUGCAGUAACUAUGACAACCUUGACUCUGUCAGCUCGGUGCUGGUUCAGAGCCCUGAAAAUAAAGUACAGCUGCAAGGCCUCCAAGUGAUCCUUCCAGACUAUUUGAGGGAAGGUUUUGUUCAAGCUGCUCUCAGCUACAUUGCCUGCAAUGGGGAGGGUGAAUUUGUCUGCAAGGACAAUGACUGCUGGUGCAGCUGUGACCCCAAGUUUCCUGAAUGUAACUGCCCAUAUAUGGACAUCCAGGCCAUGGAGGAGAGCCUGGAGAGGAUCACGGAGACAUGGGGGAUUCUGUUCAAGGAGUUUGAGGAAUCAGAUGAAUUCAAAGCAUUCUAUGCAAGGCUGCCGCAGAACUAUUAUCUCAACACGUCUGCCAUCCAGCACUUGUGGUCCCUGGACAACGCAUUCCAGUGGCGAUACGAGCAGCUGGAGAACAGCAUGCAGGCCCUCUCACGACGAGCCCAAAGAGUCAUCUUUAAGCUCUUCAGUCUCAGCAAAAGAUGUCACAAACACCCCCAGGUCCAUCUACCCCGAGAGCGGCCACAGUCCUACUGGCUGAGUCAUUUCCAGUCUCUUCUGUACUGUUCGGAAAACAACCAGCUGGGCACCUUCUCCGAGGAGCUCCACAGCUGCAUUUGCCGAUAUGAACACACUUCCUGUCAUCUUCCUCCGCCCUGCACCAUCGGAGAAGGUUCAGCGUGUGCAGUAUGUGCCCCCGACAACCACACCCGCUGUGGCAGCUGCAACCCAGGUUUCACCCUGACUCAAGGUGGCUGCAAGGCCAUGGUGGCAGACUCCACCGAGAGCUACCUGGGUUUUGAGACCGACCUGCAGGACCUGGAGCUGGGCUACCUCCUGCAGAGAGCUGACCGCAGGCUGGAGGUUCACGCCAUCUUCAUCAGCAAUGACAUGCGACUCAACAGCUGGUUUGACCCAUCGUGGAGGAAGAGAAUGUUGCUGACGCUGAAAAGUAACAAGUACAAAUCCAACAUGGUCCACAUGCUUCUCGGAAUAUCCCUGCAGAUCUGCCUUACAAAGAACAGCACCCUGGAGCCGGCCCUCACUCUCUAUAUCAACCCCUUUGGAGGCAGUCAUUCCGAGAGUUGGUACAUCCCUGUCAAUGAGAACAGUUUUCCAGACUGGCAGGCCACCAAACUGGACCUACCCUUCGAGUGCUAUAACUGGACUCUCACACUGGGCAACAAGUGGAAGACGUUCUUUGAAACUAUCCAUGUUUACCUCCGGAGCAGGAUUAAAUCUCAAGACGGAGUGAACGACAGUGUUUAUUACGAACCUAUGGAAAUGACAGAACCUUCCCGGAACCUGGGCUACAUGAAAAUCAACAGCAUCCAGGUCUUUGGCUACAGCAUGCACUUUGACCCCGAGGCAAUCCGUGACUUGAUACUGCAGCUGGACUACCCAUACACGCAGGGUUCCCAGGACACGGCUAUCCUUCAGCUGCUGGAGAUAAGGGACAGGGUGAACCGACUGUCACCUCCAGGUCAGCAGAGGUUGGAUUUGUUUGCCUGUCUUCUCCGGCAUCGCCUGAAACUGACUGCAAAUGAUGUGGUUCGCAUUCACGCCUCCUUACAGGCCUUUAGCUCACGCCUGCCCAAUUCAGUGGAAUACGAGACCACCAAGCUGUGCAGUUAACAGCUGCUUGAUGAGACAAUUGUACUGAAAACACUCACGAGGGACAAACUGUAACAACAGGGUGUUCAAAAAACUGUGUUCUGUCUGUAUACACUGUACGGUCAAUCAGAACAGCGCCAACAGUGGACAGCUGAAGAAUGUACCCUUCUGAUUAUUCGGUCUUGUUUUGUUGUGACUAACUUCAGUGCUAUGAUCUGAAAAUAAGGCGGAGGAUCAGGGAAAUGCACAACUGUUCCUCACGAACAAUCUCUUUGGCAAAAGAAUACUGCAGUAGAACUCCAGACACCACAGUAUAUGGACCAGCCAUCAUGAUUCCAUAUGAUUUAUAUUGUAAGUACAAAAGGCCUAUUGGCAAUCAUUGGAAAUUUUAUGGUAACAAAAAAAAAAAAGAUAUUGCUCUGUUUGUUUGUAAUUUUUAUAUGUUCCUUUGCUUCUGUAACAGUGCACUUUCCAUGAAGACCAGAUUACAGUGGUGUCAGUCAAGGUUUUGUAGAUAAAAUUGAUAUUAAAACAUCAUCUUAUCACAGG